UGUGCUGGGUAGGUGGGCGCGGACGGAGCGACUACGGGUCGGGGCUGGGCUCAGCGCGCUGCGAACAAAGGAGUCUGCGGCGGUUCCCGGCUCCGCGGAGGACCGAAGCUUCGCGGGACUCAGGCUCGGCGGCUCCGGGUCGGCUCCACCGCGGGCGCCGCGGCACCUGCCGCCGAGUGCUGCCCAGGGAGCCCGUCCCGGCCGGGGCUCAUGAUGGGGCUGAUCUUCGCUAAAUUGUGGAGCCUUUUCUGUAACCAAGAGCACAAAGUAAUCAUUGUGGGACUGGAUAAUGCAGGGAAGACCACCAUUCUUUAUCAGUUUCUAAUGAAUGAAGUAGUUAAUACUUCUCCAACCAUAGGAAGCAAUGUCGAAGAGAUAGUUGUGAAGAACACUCAUUUUCUAAUGUGGGACAUUGGUGGUCAAGAGUCUCUGCGCUCAUCCUGGAACACCUAUUAUUCCAACACAGAGUUCAUCAUUCUUGUGGUCGAUAGCAUUGACAGGGAACGGCUGGCUAUUACAAAAGAAGAGUUAUACAGAAUGUUGGCUCAUGAGGAUUUAAGGAAAGCUGCAGUUCUCAUCUUUGCAAAUAAGCAGGAUAUGAAAGGGUGUAUGACGGCAGCCGAGAUCUCCAAAUACCUCACCCUUAGUUCAAUCAAGGACCACCCGUGGCACAUCCAGUCGUGCUGUGCGCUAACAGGAGAAGGGUUAUGCCAAGGUCUAGAGUGGAUGACCUCCAGGAUUGGUGUGAGAUAAUUUUUUGCCUGAAAAAGACUUCUCUAUUUAUUCCGUGACAUGAACAUUUUUCCUAACACCUUUGGCUGCUGAGGCAGCAGCAUGUUUAAUUUAUAACAACACAAACCUCUGAGCAACACUUGAAUCAAGUGCCGCUGGCCUGGAACAUAAAGGUGUUUUCUUACCUUUGUUUCAGAUGCACUAAUCUUCAGUCGGAUGAGCAUAAUGUGUAACUAAGUUUGCAGCAACAGAACUCUUCUGACUGCCUGUUCUAACUAUUCGGUGACUGCCUUGUAAAAACUGUUUGUCACAGAUUUCAUGUUAUCCGAAGUAUUGUUAAUGUCCUUUACAACCGUUUCUUUCACUUCUUGGGCACCACUCCCUCCUUCCCAGGUACUUAGGAUUUGACAGAGCCGUGGUAGGAAUCACCAUGGACUACUCCUCCAGCACUAAGCAUUUGUUCGCUGCAAACCCUUUUCAUCUUCCGGACAGAAUUACUUAUGAUGAUGAAAAUCUACCUAGAAGCUGUGUAUGCGUGCAAACAUCAUGAAUACUUGCCUUUAAACUUCCCUCACCUCAUUGCAUAUCAUAGUUUAAUUUUAAGUUUCUCUUUGCAUGGGCAUUAAGUAGUCCAUUUAUUUAUGUAACGAAUUAAGUUCAUUUUUCUGCUAAUAAUAUUUCGUUAAAAACACACGGUGAAGCAUGAAUUGGAAAGCCAGCUUCAGUGGUAAAUAUUAUUGGCUUCAUUUGAUAGCUGAAGAUUUUUCGCUGUGUUUAUAACUGUCAGAAUUUAGUAAUACACACCAACAUGGAAUUAAGCUAGGACACUUGGAAUAUGUUUUUCAUCAGUUUGCUGCCUGUUUUAUUGUCAAUAAAUCUUCAGCUAUUCUGUCAGAGAUCCUGUACCUGCUUUGGGCAGCAGGCAGAGUUUGAAUAAUCCUUUUUAUUUCUUAGGUGUGUAGUAGUAUCUCUCAGAGUACCUUUAUCACCAGCAGUAUGUUACUGAAAGGCAAAAUAACAUGGCUUUUCUUUAAAUCUGGCUGAGGAUGAUGGGAAAGAGGCUUCAGACAGUUGCCGUCUCUGUGUGUGUGUAGGCCGACUUUGUCCUAAACUCUGUAGGUCACUGCUGAAUCAACCCUAGCUUGUGGAUUAUUCCUAUAGACUCAAUGCUCGUAUUCUUCGUCUUCCUUUUUUUCUUUUUUUUUUUUUUUUUUUUUUUUAUGAGACAGGCUUUUUCUAAGAAGUCCUUAGCCUGGAACCCACUAGGUAGAACAGGCUGUCAUAAUCUUAGCAAAAUAAAUGCUUUUAUUGGUUACAAAAAUGAAAGGAAGAGACCUACUGGACGGUAUCAACGGUUCCCAAGGCCGUUGUCUUGGAUGAGAAAGGAGGACAAGGGCCAUUUGCUGUGUGGAGCUGUAUGGAAAGGAUGUAAUGUGUACUUGGGGGUAAUUCCUCAUUUGCAGUAUUUUUUAUUUGGAUCAAAAUCAGCUUCAGUGUUCUUAAAUACCUGCUCAAAAUUGGUAUUUUGAUUUCAGGUUUUUGUAUGUAAGUUGCCUUAAAUUUUUCUCUCUUUUCAGGUGUACUCACUUGUUUCGUUUAGUUAAUUUAGUUGAACUUGAUAUUUUUAUUUAGUGUUUGCACCCUUGAUCUGAGAAAGUGGCCAGAGGAAAAGUUUUCUGGGGUGUGGGAAAUUGUUUAAACUUUGAAUCUUUUCUUAGUGAUUCUGUGUUAAGUAGAGGAUAAGUUUAAUUUUUUUGUGUGUUUUAAAUAUAACUCAUAAUCAAAGGUGAAAGAGAAAACCAGAUAUAAGUCAUUGUGGAUGGUGUUUCUUGCGGGGCGGGGGGGACUAAGAAAAUACCAAUUACCUAAAGCACACUUUGCCUGAACUUCACUUCACUAUAUUGUUUACCAUGAAUACAGAAAAAUUCUCAUAAACCUGUCUUGAGACGAAGCAUAUUUACCGCCCCCAUAUUUCUUCCUUUGAAAUAAUUAUUUGCCUUCUUGUAUCUAAUGAGAUUGGCUGGUUCAAUUUUCUUCUAUCAGAUAAUAUGGUUAUUUUUAUACUACCAUGUCAGCAUUAUAUUGAAAGUGUUUUUAAUAGUUAAGUGUAUUUUGCCAAACAGCUACUAAUAUAGAUGCAGAUUUGCUGUUUGUUAAACGUAUAGUUUAUUUUACUUCUAAAUCCUUUUUUAAAAGCGUCUGAUUAGUUUGAAUUAGAGGCAAUGUUUGUUAGCCAUCUAAAUAUGAAACCAGUGUUCAAGUAGACAUCGUGCCAUUGAUUGGGAUAGGGUCCAUUAGGAAGUCCCAUUGACAGCAGCAGGAAACUAGCUCUCCUUUACUCCAAGAGAAUGCUUGGACCCAAGCACAUGUGUGAUGCUAAGCAUUUGACUUAAAUGUUCACUGUAAAUCAAAUGGCUGUAAAAUAUUACUUGAUGAAAAAUGUAAAUUUGUGAUGGUGCCUUUGUUCCUUUGAGUUCUCAGUUUUUUACUCUGUUCUUUAGGGGUCACAUUAACAGCUGAUGAGAUGGAGCGGGUGAUGUGAGUCUCGUUCUCCUUUGUCUCCACAUGUUAUUUGACAGAGUUUGUAUUGUACAGAAACCUCCCAUACCUGCUUUACACCUUCAAAAAAGUCUUAUAUUUUUUAAUUCAAAAAUGGAGGAAUUAAGUUUAUCUAGAAUCUAUUCAAUAUGUUACUGCCAAAAGUGCGAAAACAAACAAAACCCCACUACCCUUGCAAAUGAAUUGUGCCACUUUCUUACCUGAGCAUGUCGUCUUCACCUAGAAGUACAUUGAGAAUCCCUUUAGAAGUAGCACUCGCUUUUGUAGAAGAAUGCACUAAAUAUUUUUAUUCUUAAUGUGAUUUUAUUUCUUAAAACCAGAAAUAUUAAUAUAUAUUAUAUAUAAUCUAUUGAAAACUGAGGAUUGAAUAUGUAACAUUUGCUUUUCAGGUCUUGUGUUAACAUUCUUAAAGGGAUAGUACUUUUAUUCCAUAUUCACUAGAGAAAAUGUAUAUUCAUUUCAUUCUUUUAAAAGCAGAUUUAAAUAACUCCCUUUGUAAUAGCUUCUGCCUCUGCAUCCUCAGUGCCAGGAUUGCCAUUGGUAUUUUAAUUAAAUAUAAUUUAACUUUCAUUGUAGCAUAAAAAGAAAACAGUUAUUUUCCUGUGGGAACAAUGAAGGGUACAGACAAUGCUAUAAAUAAUGGUCUUUGAUCUGCCAAGUCUGCCAUGAAGGAAUCUUUGAAGAAAAUAAAACUUUUUAAGUCUUUGAUGCUGUAUCUCAGAACAGAUUAGAAGCGGAAUUGUUUCCAAGAGCAUUCAUUUAAUCCUUCACCCUGUAAAAACACAGGGAUUGUUCCUCUACAUGGUGAAGUUUAUGAGUUAACUUUUUAUCUGUGGCUUUGGAACAAAAUCCCCACACACCCAAACUUUAGUUUUAAAGGUCCUUUACUCUUCUGUCAGUGGGUCACCUCAAGAUACAGCUUCUUGUCUUGUAUCUAACCAAACAUUGCACUUACUAUCUAAAGAAAUGGAUUCUGAUCUUAAUCUAUCCACUUAUUUUUGUUCUUCCCAAACCGAGGAGCUUUUAAGUAAAUUAAGUCUCAAUGUUUUUCAUAUUCUAAAGCCUUACACGCUAUUACUAUUUUUUUUAAAUCUAAAAUAGUAGGGAAAUGCUUGUGGUACCACAUUUAAGUCGUUUUGUUCAUCGUUCAAUUCCCACUUGUGGUUUCACUUCCUCCCUUGUUCUGUUUCUUGCCUUAAGGCAUCUCAAACACUUGGGCUUUCCCUUAUGGCAGGCUCAUGUCCACUGAGGUGUGAAAAUGGCUUGUAUUGAAGGUCACCAGUUUUCAAAUGUCUUUAGUCACUCAAUAGAGUGUGAAGACUGACACCAAGAGCCACAUUUUGAGAGCAAGGUAUAUUUUAAGGAUUCUAGGUGACCAAAGCUAAAUAAACAAAUUCAAAAUUAGGCAAGCUUUGUGUGGUAAAAAUCAACUAAAAUUAGGUAAGAAAAUAUGGAUGUGAGAGAUUUUUUUUCUUUUUCCUUCUUUGUGUUUAAUUCUGGCAACAUAGGAGAAGAACUACUCUAAUUGCUUGUAUUAUGGCUGGAAAACCUGAGACCAGUUAUCAUUCUGGGUUAGAAUCUGGAAUGCUGAUCACACAGGCACAUCUUGAUUUUUUUUAAACUAGUUCUCUGCAUUUUCUCCUGAAAUAGGGAUAUGAUAAUAUGUGCUAUAUAUAGACUGAGUAUAGAAAAUGAAACGUCUAAAAGACCGAAAUGUUUUCUUGCACAACUUACCAAAUUUUAAUUUUAAAAAUUACCUCAUUUUUUUCAGUCCACAAGGUGCUUUAAGUGUCUGGGGUAUCGUGCAGUGCCAUAAGUUCCCUUCCCCCAAAUGUCUUGGAAUGUGCAGUGUUCCCAGCUGAAGCAAGUGCUAGGUGGGGCUGUUGUUUAGUUCUUUGUGUCCCAGCAGCAGGGUGAGUAGGUGUCCUUUCAUGCAAUGCACGUGAGCCAGCGCUCACUUGAUGUUGAAUCAGUUAGGGACAGGAAAGUCCUGUCAUUGGAUCAGUGAUGAUCGACGACUCUGGCUAUCAGUGUGUUCGGACAGCAGAUGACCAUCGCUUGGUCUCAGGAGCUCAUGACUUAUGGGCGUGUUUUAGCUGGAGUAAUGAGAACUAGUCAUUUUCGCGUAUAAUUUCCCUCAGGAAAUUCAGGGACUCCUUGGAGCCCUGUUGAUUCUCUUGGAGUAAACUUUCAGUCUAGUCGCGAACAGUUUUCAUCAUGGUUUUGAAAAAUACUUAGCUGCUGUCCCACUGAAAUUGUAAAACAAAAUGAUGGCUGUGGCUUUUCCAAUUACGAGACAGUUUUCUCUUUCCCCAUUUUGACUGUUCUGCAGAUGUAGUUUAAAAUAAGGAAAGCAAAUUCCUAGCAGUUAUAGCCCUGCUGUCCUGUUUAUUCUAAUGGAAGUGUAAUGAUUGUAAUUACACAUUGUCGUCUCCACACAUAACUUGGUGCUUUAUAUAACAUUAAAGAGAAAGUAGACCCUGUACUCAUUAUACUUCUAGCUCAGACUGCAAAACUCUUUAAAUGUACAUAUAUGUUCAUUUCAUAAGAUUUAAAUAGAAAUUGUUAUCGGUUGCAUCUCAGGCUUUGUGCAAGUGUUCUGACAAUAUCUUUGCCAAGCAGUUUGGUCCAAUAGAACAUAGAAUUAAUAAGAUCAAGGAAGGGUCCCAUCUCUUUGUGGGUCCUCUGGUGUUUAUACAGGAGGAAAUGAUAUUGCCCUUAUCACAUACUGCUUCUGAACCCUCAGCAAGCAACCCAAGUGUGUGCAAUUGCUCUAAUACUUAAGUGAUAACCAAGAAAGUGUAAAAGCAAAUGCCAAAUGUGUUUUACACCAUCACUCCCCACAAGUGGUUCCAAGUUUGUUUGAUUGUGAGGUUGUUGAAAAGACAUGGGUUUUGAAUUUUAAUACUUUUCACUAUCACGAAAUGUAUCUUUUAUAUAUUAGGUCAUGGUCAUGAUUUUUUAUUUUUGCAAUUAUGUUCUAAUGUAUUGUGUGCAUGCCAACUUACCCAAGUACAAAGGUGCAGCUUGCUCUGGAAUGUUAACCUUUUAGGCAGGUUUUGGCUCAUUUGCAAUCAUGGUGCAAUAUAGCAGAACAUCUAUUUGUUUUCAGUCCACAGUUUUAUUUUUGUCAUA